AUGAUUCCGCAAUGCGCCGGCCCCAUCUGGGCUGUAGAUGACCUUUCCCGCUGCUUUCAACGCAGAUAUCUACAGGAAAUUUUACCGCUUGCCGCAUGCGCCCUCUCGCUAGUACUCAUUACCACCCGCGUUGCGUAUCAUUACAUAUUUUCACGGAAGAGCUUCGCCUACAAGCUUGUACCGAGCGACGAUGUCGGAGAUGCACCGGAUACAAGAGGGGUUGAGGAGGAUCUAGAGGAUGAAUCGGAUCCGAUGCUCUCCAAAGCCGCGAGGCUUGAGCUGCCCCAUUUUGAGCUGGAUCGGCCCCGCGGGGAGAUUGCUUUUGUUGCCUUGGAAGCAGUAGCGCUCGUUGGACAAGUCGUCGUCUUCGUACUGGCUUUGAAAUCGGACGCCUGGGGUCGCGAUGGUCGUCUUCCGGCGGCUGCUCGGCUAGCAUCCUGGAGUUACCUGCUCUUCCUGGUGCUGGUCCGCUUGCUCCUUUCUGUCCGUCAACUGCAGUCGUCCGCCAGACUCUGGAACCAUACCGCUACGCUCUACGCUCUCCAAUGGCUGUUCACCGUGGCGGUCUUCCGGUCUGCUGUCAUCUAUCCGAUUUCCAGGCGCGCCAUGACUUAUUCGUCCAUUGAAUUUGCCUUGUCCAGUUUCCUCGUGUUGCUUUCGGUAACCACCCGCAGGGGGAACAAACCCGUCUUGGUUCCACACGAGGAGGGCUUAGAGCCGGCACGACACCCCGUUGCAAGCUUGCUCUCCCUUGCGACCUUCUCUUGGCUGGAUCCACUCAUUUUCAAGGGGUAUAAGCAAUCGCUGGAGCUGGAGGAUGUUUGGAAUCUGACUGCAUCGCAAAAGGCCUCUACGGUCUUGGAAGACUUCCGCUGCAGACAGUACAAGGGACCCUUGGUAGUGAAGCUGUUACGUUACUUUGCCGGCACCAUUCUGCUCCAGGGUGCUUGGACCAUAUUCUCGAACUUAUUCACAUACUUGCCCACUCUCCUUCUUAAAGCCAUUUUGGAGUACGUUGAAGACCCGAGAUCCACAACGCCAAAUGCGGCAUGGCUUUACGCCGUACUCUUGUUCGUCUCAGCCGCUACUCAGGGCGUGGCCGACGGACAGGCUCUUUGGAUCGGUCGCCGAAUGGGUGUAAAGCUCCGUGCCAUUAUUAUCGGUGAGAUCUACGCCAAGGCGCUGAGGCGAAAGGCGGGUCCCUCAAUCGAGGCUGCCAAGAAAGAGGAGAAGAUACCUGACAAAAAGAAGCGCAUCCUCUCCUUUGGUCGUAAAAAGAAGAAGCCUGCAACCGACCCAGAGAACGACGACUCCAAGAAAGAGGUCAAAGAGGAAGCCGAGUCCUCGGCUAACAUUGGAACCAUCAUCAACCUUAUGGCUAUUGACUCAUUCAAAGUCAGUGAGGUUGGUGCAUACUUGCAUUUCCUCUGGGCUAGCGUGCCAGUGCAGAUUGUCAUCGCAGUCACCCUUUUGUAUAGACUUCUAGGUUUCAGCUCGUUUGCUGGUAUCAUCAUCAUGGUCCUCAUGCUCCCCAUCAACUUGAUCAUCGCCAAGAAGUUUUCCAAGCUGCAGAAAGAGAUCCUGAAAGGAACUGACGCUCGAAUCCAUUCGACGAAUGAAAUCCUCCAAAACAUCCGCAUUAUCAAGUACUUUGCGUGGGAAGAACGAUUCCAGGACAUCGUCAACGAGAAACGACGCGCGGAGCUUCGCGCAUUGCGCUUCCGGUACAUGCUCUGGUCUACUGCUGCAACGGUUUGGUAUGGAACACCGAUUCUGAUCACCUUCGCCUCGUUCUUCCUCUACACAGUGGUUGAGAAGAAGCGUCUGACACCAUCCAUUGCUUUCCCUGCGCUCUCGAUGUUCUCACUGCUCCGUAUUCCUCUGGACCAGUUGGCCGACAUGGUGGCCCACGUUCAAGAGUCCAAGGUGUCACUGGACCGUGUUGACCAAUACCUUAACGAGGACGAAACUGAAAAGUACACUCAGCUCGCGGACGAGGAUUCUUUGGAGCCCAGGAUUGCACUGGAGAAAGCUACUCUGUCCUGGGGAACCGGAAAGAAGACCGAGGGCGGUGACAAGGACGAGACUUUCCGUUUGAUCAACGUCGACGUAGAGUUCCAGAUUGGCAAACUGAACAUUAUCGCUGGUCAGACCGGCUCAGGCAAGACAUCUCUGCUCUUGGCGCUGCUGGGAGAAAUGAAGCUCUUGGAAGGAAGUGUCCAUCUACCUGGUGGCACUGCCAACCGCGCCGAGCUGCCCGUUGAUUCGCGUACUGGCCUCAUUGAGAGUGUUGCCUACUGUGCUCAGGAGGCAUGGCUUGUCAACGACACUAUCAAGGAAAACAUCACUUUCGCAUCUCCGUUCGACGAACGCCGCUACACGGCGGUGAUUAAGGCUUGUGCCUUGGAGCGUGAUCUGGAAAUUCUCGACGCGGGUGAUGAGACGCUUGUUGGAGAGAAAGGUAUCGGUCUGUCCGGUGGGCAAAAGCAGAGAAUCUCUCUUGCUCGCGCCAUCUAUAGCAGAGCCCGCCAUCUUCUUCUGGAUGACUGCCUUAGCGCCGUUGACUCGCAUACCGCAAAGCACAUCUUCCGCGAAGCGCUGAGCGGUCCUCUUAUGCUGAACCGCACGUGUAUUCUUGUUACCCACAACAUCGCCUUGACUGCUCCGUACGCCGACUUCAUCGUUGCCAUUGAGAAUGGUAAGGUCACCUUUAAGGGCAGGCCUGAUGAGCCGGGAGCAUCCAAAGCGCUUGGCGAGGACCUUUCCAAGUCACGACCCGGCUCUCGGUCCAGCUCCUCUCCUCCUCGAUCCCGUCGACCUUCCAACGCCGCCGAAGACUCUCAUGAGCCGCCCGCCGCCAACGGCACCGCUAACGGUACGGCUAAUGGAACACCUGGUAAACCCGUUGAAAAGACAGCAACAUCCAAGAAGCUGCAAGAAACAAAGGCGGUCGGCAGUAUCAAGUGGUCUACCAUCAAGAUGUAUCUUCUUUCGAUGGGACCCUGGUACUAUUGGAUUGUCGCUCUCAUUGUGUUCACUCUUCAGCAACUCGGUUCUGUAUCGACCAACAUCUGGAUCAGACAAUGGGCAAACUCGUACAGCACCGAUAAGGUCGAUGUCGAUAAUGAAGGUACCUACGCCGCGAUGGCCCAGUUCAAGUUCCCGUCGUUCAACGUCCUCGGUGUCCCACGCACAUCUGGGUUGGCGCCGCAGAUGGGUACCCAGGCUGUGGUCUCAGACAACGAUGUGAAUGUCACCUACUACCUCGGCGUUUACGCGCUACUAGGUGUCCUCUACAUUACUAUCUCGGCUACCAGAGAAGGUGUUCUUUUCUGGGGUUCACUUCACGCCUCGAACCGCAUCCACAAGCGUCUGCUCAAGACGGUGAUGCACGCCAAGUUCAAGUUCUUCGAUUCAACGCCUCUGGGUCAACUUAUGAACAGAUUCUCCAAGGAUGUCGAAGCCAUUGACCAGGAAGUUGCGCCAGUUGCCAUUGGUAUGCUUCAUAGUCUAGCAUCCGUCGUUAUGAUUGUGAUCCUUAUCUCGAUCAUUACCCCUGGAUUCUUGGUUGCUGCCGUGUUUAUCACCAUGAUCUACUUUGCUCUGGGAGCAAUCUACCUGAACGCAUCUCGUGAUAUGAAGCGGCUGGAGUCUGUACAGCGCAGCCCUCUGUACCAGCAAUUCGGCGAGACUCUCAACGGCAUCGUCACCAUCCGUGCUUAUGGCGAUGGCCCGAGAUUCCUCGUCGACAACCACCAGCGUAUCAACAACUACAACCGGCCUCACAUCUACCUCUGGGCCGCCAACCGAUGGCUCGCAUUCCGGGUUGAUAUCACCGGAGCCUUGGUAUCUUUCUUGACGGCGACUUUCAUUCUGUCGAACAUUGGAAGAAUCGAUGCCGGUGCUGCGGGUCUUUCUCUGACCUACGCCGUGACCUUCACUGAAAACGUUCUCUGGCUGGUGCGUCUGUACUCGGAAGUGCAGCAGAGUAUGAACUCGGUCGAGCGUGUCAAGGAGUACCUGGAGGUCGAACAGGAGGCACCGCCGGUCAUUGCCGACUCGCGGCCGCCUGCCAACUGGCCCAGCCAAGGAUCGGUCCAGUUCAGCAGCUACUCCACCCGAUACCGCCCUGAUCUUGACCCGGUGCUGCGCGAAGUUUCAUUCACCGUGCAGUCUGGGGAGAAGGUUGGAAUCGUCGGUCGUACCGGUGCCGGAAAGAGUUCUCUCGCGCUUGCUCUAUUCCGUGGUCUUGAAGCAGAGACUGGUCGAAUCAACAUUGACGGUGUCGACAUUGGAACUAUCGGGUUGAAGGAUUUGCGAGAAGCGAUUACCAUUGUUCCUCAAGAUCCGACGCUCUUCACUGGAACCAUUAGGAGCAACCUAGAUCCCUUUGGUCAUUUUACCGAUGAGCAGAUCUUUACCGCUAUUCGCCGGGUGCAUCUUAUCGGCUCCGGCACUUCUGGCACAGCAACCCCGGUCACGGCCAGCACCCUGACGCCCACUGAGCAAGUAUUGGCCGCACCGUCAGAAACCAAUACUGCUGCCAGUGGAAUCCUCGACAACAAGAACAUCUUCCACAACCUCGAGAGCCCAGUAUCCGAGUCUGGAUCUAACCUGUCUCAAGGGCAACGCCAGCUUCUAUGCCUUGCCCGAGCCCUGCUCAAGAACCCCAAGGUGUUGAUGAUGGACGAAGCUACAGCGUCCAUUGACUAUACGACAGACGCCAAGAUUCAGGAGACGCUCCGGGAGCUGCGUGACAACACGAUCAUCACGAUUGCGCACCGCCUCCAGACCAUUAUCGACUACGACAAGGUCCUGGUCCUGGACCAUGGCAAGGUCGUCGAGUUCGACCACCCCUGGACGCUAGUCAACAAGGAAGGGGGCGUCUUCCGCAGCAUGUGCGAGAACAGCGGCAACCUGGAGACACUGCUGGACUUGGCCAAGAAGGCGUGGGAGCAGAAGCGUCUCGUGGACGACUCUUAG